UUGACAUUUGCGGCGGACAACAUGGCGGCCUCCACGCUCGGCUCUCUGCUGCGGACAGUCCGGCAGGUGGUUCCUUCAUCAGCUUCAGGCCAAGUUCGAAGUUACUAUGUAGAUUGGAAAAUGUUGCGUGAUGUGAAGAGAAGAAAAAUGGCCUAUGAGUAUGCAGAUGAGAGGCUUCGGAUCAAUUCUCUCAGGAAGAAUACCAUUCUGCCAAAAGACCUUCAGGAAGUGGCUGAUGAAGAAAUUGCUGCCCUUCCCCGGGAUAGCUGUCCUGUUAGAAUCAGAAAUCGGUGUGUUAUGACAUCCCGUCCACGAGGUGUAAAGCGGCGCUGGAGGCUUAGUCGUAUCGUCUUCCGUCACUUAGCCGACCAUGGGCAACUGUCUGGGGUGCAGCGAGCAAUGUGGUAAUAAUCAGCUCCAGAACCUACUGAGCUUACAGGAAAACCAGUUCUGGCAAGAAGAGACUUCUCUAAUAGACAAAAACCUAGUUUUUAUGGGGGUCCAGAAUAAAGGUCUUCUCUACCUGAUGCUGUCUAUAGUUAAAUUACUUAUAAAUUUUAAAUGAAAAAAUUUGGAAGUUUCAUUCUGUCAGUGAAUUAUCUUUUCUCCUGGACUUAAUAAAUUACUGUUCCCAAGCAUAGUGUGAAGAGUAGAGUAAUAAAAAAUAUUUCUGUGGAAA